GGUACGCCCUCACACGCAUGAUCAGUUGGUGGUCUUGAGUUAUUUUCGCUGCAAAAUCGGAGGUGAAGAUUGCAUUUUUCAUCACUAAAUUGGGGUGAACUAUCUGAAUUGAAAUGGAUCCUUCUGAUGAGCUCUUCUCAGAUGCCCUCAACACUCUCCCCGUCCAUGCUACUGUUGGCGAUGUCAUCAAUCUUGACAGUGUCUCUCAGGACUCGGUCCCACUGGAUGACACGCUGAGCGCCGAGGGUCUCAAUCCUGAGACAGACCCUGCUGAAGAAGACAUCGAGGUUGAAAAGAUAGAAGCCUCUCGGGCGGAAGAGCAAAAAGAGCUGGAGGGUGCCCAGAAGGCAACAGUUGGGUCGCCUAAGCCAUUCGACGCGAGUCUCUUUGGGGAUCCAGUUGAAGGUGCUAGUGCGAAUCCCGCAAGUGAGUUUGCAGUACAGGUUCCGGUUUCCAGUCCAUCAAGUCUCGAAGCAGAUGUGCCGAUAGAAGGUGAGCAAACUCAGGAGGGCUCGACAGGGUCAGGAACCUCAGCCAAGGAGGUGAAGAAGCAAACUUCAGUGGAUGGCUUUGAGACUCAGCCCAUAGGCAGCCCAGGUGGCCAGUUCCAGUUCAGCCCCAUCACUGAUGCCAGCCAACCCCAGAGUUUGGUGGCUGUGGAGACGGUGACGGUCCCUGGAGGGCAGCCUCCCAUCAGCAGCUUCUUUGAGGAGGGGAGCGUGGCUGAAGUCAGCAAUGCUGAUGCGGAGGGCUUCUUUGAUUCCUUCACGAGCUGUGGUGAUGGAUUUCCAAGUACGGGCUCACUCGAAAGUCCACGGCUUGAAGAAGACACCGCCAAUGCAACCUCCCCCAGCGAGGCACGUGGGACGGUGCCCCAGCAACUUCAAGGCUCGCUUUCUGCACCAUCAGUAGACCAACUGCCCGCAUCUCACAUGGAGACAUCUGCCAAGGAGGUCUCGGUAGAAAGCAGCUCUCAAGUGUCCUCUCAGGAUCCCCCAUCUUCCAAGCAGACUCUCCUUGAGCUGGCUCGUCAGAGUUCUGCCCAGCUAAGCCCUGAAAUGGCUCCAAGAGAUCAGACUCCCAACCAGCAUUCCCCACUCUCUGAGGUUACCAGCCCGCAUGUCUGCAGCGUCCAGGACCAAACGACCGGGGAGCCCCUCAAGGUUGCAUUUUCGAAGAUUCAUUCCACAGCUCCAGGCCCCCUAGCGGCAGGAGGCCUCAGGCAACCACAGGGACCACCAACAGAUCACCAAGAGUUGCCAUCCGGGCCCGCCACUGAUCAGCCCUCCCCACUCCAGCCCUCUCCCCAGCCACAGGCUCAGGAGAACACUCCUCCAAAUACCCAGCUCUUUGCCCCGCUAAGCCCUUCACAGGGGGAGGACGUCUUCGCCGCUGCCAUAAGCACAAGCCAGAGUGACCGCAGACAUGAUGCCUGGCUGCCCUCCACUGCCUCGCAGAAGGUUCUUGCCAACAGGAUGCUGGCCCUGCAAGGGACAGAGUUUGUGGACCGAAGCCAGCUAACAAUGCCUGGAAUCAUUCUGGAAGAGCCGCAAGGAGAUCCAGUGAAGGAGUUGGUGUAUCGGUACAUGGGGGAGGCUGAGGCUGGUAAGCGCAUGGCCCUGACUGCUGACCAAGUCACCCGCGACGAAGCCGGAUUGAAGAAAUUAGUGGACACUGGUUGCCUGCGGGCAGCCGUUGAUUUGACAGGACUCCUGUUGACCUCCCUGGGUCAAGGCAAAGGUCAGGCCGGGCUCCCCUCCAAGAACACCCCCCAGUCGCUACAGAUAUGGCUGACGCGCCUUGCCCUUCUGAUUAAGCUCCAGCAGUACAGCAUGGCGGAGAUUGAAUGUGAAGCCUUUGGUGAUCUGGACAGGCCGGACCUUUACUUUGAGUACUACCCAGACCUCUAUGCUGGAAGGCAAGGGAGCAUGGUGCCGUUUUCACUGCGUGUGCUUCAUGCCGAGUUGCCGAUCUCCCUGGGGAAACACCACGAUGCCCUCACCAGGCUCUACCACAUUCUGGAUAUAGUCACCAAGAUCUUGUUUAACCUGGAGAGUGGCAUGAGUGAGUAUGGUGCAGAAAUUGAUCUCACCGAAGAAAACAGACAAGCAUCAGUCAAUCUGUGGAAGUCUCGAGAAGUCCGGGUGCUAUACUCAAUUGGAAAUUGCCUGCUGUCUAUGAAGGAUUUUAAUCAGGCUGUUUCCGUGUACGAGAUGUUACUUAAGAAGGACUCACAAAACGCUUCUAAUCUCUUGUCGGGCAUCGGACGAAUCUUCCUGCAGUUGGGAGAUCUGAAAGCUGCUCAAAGGGCUUUCUCCAGAGCUGAAGAAAGUUACAACCAAUCAAAGGGGGUGACAUCCCAAGCAGCCAUACUCAUGAAUAAGGCCUUCAUGCAUAUGGCACAAAACCAAUAUUCCGAGGCUAGGAAGUCCUUUGACGAUGUGCUAGCUGUUGAGCCUGGCAACUUCACAGCCAUCAACAACCAGUCAGUCUGCCUGCUGUACAUGGGCAAGCUGAAGGAGGCACUGGCCCUCCUGGAAAAGCUGGUGCAGGGCGACCCGGCCAGCUACCUGGACGAGGGCUUGCUCUUCAACCUUUGCACCCUGUAUGAGCUGGAGUCCUCGCGCAGCACCGCCAAGAAGCAGGCGCUGCUGGGACUGGUCGGCCAACACAAGGGGGACGGCUUCAACGUCGGGUGCUUGAAAAUGCUGUGAGAGAUCAGCUCCCCUCCCCCACCGACCCCCCCCCCUCUUCUGACUAUGCGAUGCAAGGGCAAACACUAACUAUUUGACCUACUCACAGAUGAAUAUAUUGCCUAGUUCAUCCUGGUUUAAUGAAAACAACUUUAUAUACAGUAGAUACCAAAGUGCUAACUGCUGUUGGCUGGGACCACUGUAAAUGACCAACAGCAUUGCCAUGGUCAUCGGAUUUGUCUUCAGUGAACUGACCCAUUGGGCUUUGACCACCUUGAAGCGUCACUUACAAUUUACAUGUACGCUCGCUCAUAAAGGGAACAAUUUCUGGUCAACUGUCAUUCACAGAGGCGCGUUAAGGGGUGGGAGGUAUCCCCCAUCCCCCCUUGUGUGGCCCCUUGGCACUCAAAUCAGAGAAGGGGGAAAAAAAUCUACAUGGUGAUAGUCGGCCUUGAUCACUCAAUGAACACUAAGUCGUUCAGAUCCUAGCAUGUCCCCCUCCCCACCCCUCCAGAAAAUGGCCCCAGUGCCGAGCCUCCUGCAAAAUGUACCCCGGUUGAACAGGCACGUGUGCUCGAAACGGUUCCUAUCUUGAUGUCACACACGCGCAUUUGAUAUUUCAAAGACAGGAAAUGCCCCAUAAUAUUAACACCAUGCUUCACCUGUGAAUAUAUCCUACAUACGUAUGCCAAUAAUACAUGCAGCAGGGACGGGUCAAGGACCACAUUUAUUUUUGGGGGGGAUAUCAAAACUGGAGAAAUUGUCAUGUUUACGUUUUAUUGUGUUUCUGGGAGUGGAGAGUACAUUUUGGUGCUCUUGCAAGAGGAAGUAAACCAUAAAGUUGCCUCUCUCGUUAUGAAAGUAGAGCAAAUUGACUCCUGGAGGGGGCAUGGACCCUUUGUUCCUUAAUGAAGUUCCUGGGAUCCACCCUUGUGUACAUAUACAUGUGAUAUUUAUUUAGUAGUAUUAAUAAGCAAGUUGUACAAUAUUGAAGGUAUAAUAGAUGUAUACAUGAGUACAGUCCGAGUUGAUGUAAGCCAUGAAUUGAAAACAUCUGAACAAAUUGUUGACGGAAUUCCCCCACAUUUACAGAACAUUUAACAGUGAGCCAGUAAGGUAUUCCCAUAGCACAUACACAAAAUUCAUUGCUUUUUAUAUCAUUAGGCGUUCCGUCUAAAAUUGGCAUAAUUGGGCACAGGGUGUUUGAAAUGAAAAAAAAAAAAAGUCCAACAUUGAAGACAAAGUUUCUUUUGUCAUUGCGUUUUUUAAUGAAUAAAACUUUUUUUGCGAAGAAUUUCUGAUUUGUCCUAAUUCGACGAGACCCUCUGCAUGUCUCCCAUAUCCAUUCAACAAUUGUUGCCUGCUGCGUAGGGGUCCAUGGUGUUU